UUGCAACUAAUAAAAUUCCUACUACUUACAUGUAUAUUACACGUAUAUAUAUAUAUACAUAUAUACAUAUGUACGUAUACAUGUAUUCGGCUAUUUAAUUUUCUCAGGACAUACGCCACGGCACCAUCGUCUUCUCCACGCGAUCUCACAGUUCUUCCUGCUGCAUCGGGUGAUCCUGAAGCUGUGUUACUCAAUUGGCAACCACCUAAGUAUUCUAACGGAGACAUAGAGGAAUACCUCAUCUAUUACACGGAUCGAGUUAUGCUCGCUGAUAAAGACUGGACUAUUCACUACGUGCAAGGUGACAAACUAAGCCACGAAAUCCGAAAUCUUUUGCCCAAGACUAAAUAUUAUUUUAAAAUACAGGCUCGAAACGUGAAAGGUAGAGGGUAUGGACCACUCUCCCCGGUUCAAACGUUUGCUCCUUUCGGACUUGGGUCUAGGCCAACAGCUACGGUGUUGUCAUCUUCUGAGAAAGGGUCAAAUCUUCGAUGGAGCGACCUGUUGUCCGUGCUGUCUUCGAAUCCUAUGUACAUAGCUGUUGUUGUAGCAUUUUUCGCACUCAUUCUGCUCUGCAUCGUUCUGGUAGCUGCCUGUGGACUGAAAAGGUGA